AUGUAUGAGCGGCAGCGAGUCUGGCGGGCCUGUCAAGCAUGUCGAAGAAAGAAGGUCAAAUGCGACGGGGAGCAUCCUUGUCAAAGUUGCACGCGCAACAAGGCGGAAUGUGUCUAUGUCGAACCUCAUAGCAAUAUGAGACUGGUAGAUCCCCAGUAUGUGUUGAAACUUGAGAGUCGUAUAUCGCUCAUGGAGCAAAGACUCCGACAUCAAUCUGGAGGACUGGAGGCCAGGGAGGAGGCCAUUCCAGUACAGACCGCUGCGGUGACUGCUACCAGCAAUCAAAAUGAAGCUGACCAUUACGCUCAUGGCGAGGGGGAUGAGUCGGCCACUUCCGUACCCACUGCACCCGACGCGAGUGCGCUCUCCGACCCGCCAGCGGGUUUCCCGAGUGCACUCUCCAUAGAUGCGGCGGUCCAAACACCACAACGGCCUCCAAAAGUCCAUCUACCUAUAACACGCUCCAGCGAUGAACAGAUGGUUGAUGUCUCAGACAUCGACCGCUACAAUGUGGAAAAUACGCCAAUCGACGUAACAAGGCUUGAAGAGCCGUUCUUGCAAGUCCUCAUCGACUACUUUUAUCAGUCUAUCUACCCCAUCUUCCCAAUCAUUUCCCAUCGCAGGUUCCGACAACAGUAUCAUCUGUGGUCGCUAAGUGGCAGAGACAAUGGUCCUAGUGCUCCCGAUCAUGAAUUUCAACUUCUUCUCUACGCUAUUCUGGCGGUUGCUUCCUCGAUAAUACCGGAUACUCACGAAGUCUUUGACCAGCCAGACUUCGAAGCGUACAAAUGGGUAGAUCUUGCGGACCUCUUGUAUCAGCAUGCGAUAUUACUGAGUGCAGGAAGAUCCUACGAGCAAAGCCCCUUAGCCGGUAUCAAUACUAUUGCCGCCCAAGGACUUCUCAGCCUCUACCUUAUUGAGCGAGGCAAAGUGAAUGAUGCGUGGGUCACUGCAGGACAUGCAAUUCGCCUAUAUCAAAGCUUUGAUCUGGAAGAUAGCAUUGAUGCUGCUAGCGAAGUCAAAGAUCUACGCCUCGCACAUACCAAUCUCUGGUGGUGUCUCUACAUAUUAGAUCGCUCCUUAUCAACUGCGCUGCUGAAGCCAUUGGCAAUUGAUGAUGCUGAGAGUGAUCUUGAAUCUUGUGAUGGGGAAGACUACAUCGCAUCAUCGACCGCAGGAAAAGUGGAUCGCUGGUUCUCGGUCAUCGCAGACUUUCAUAUCACCAUGGGCCGCAUUUAUCGAUCUGUGAGGCUGAUUCGGAAGGCAGAAUCCUCGCGGAAUACAAUGCUUAAGGAUACACUUCGAUCAUAUGUGAAAAAACACGACGCAGAGCUGGAAAAGUACUAUACACGUCAAGUCCUACCCAAAAUAGAGACCUCAAACUCUCAAGAAGGGCCUCUUGCACUUCAGACAAUUGCCGUCUCAUCAUACUACAUUGGUCUUGUCCUCCUCUAUCGCACUUUUAUUGAGCGCUUCAAUAUUGCCGAGCCAGAGGUCUUAUUGCGCUGUGCCGAGGCUGCAUCCAAUUGCAUCAAAGUCACACCACAGGUGGUUGCCCACGUUCCGGCCAGUCACUUCGUAAUACAGCAGAGUCGCGCCAUAUUCGCAAGUGCAAAAGUCCUUUUGCACUGUAUGCGCUUAGCACGAAACCCGAGCUUUACCAACAAGGCCUGGCCAGAUGUUGAGAGCGGCUUGGACAUGCUACGAGAGGUGAAGAUUCAGUGGCCUGAGAUCAAGAAGUAUCAAAUUUUGACUGAAGAGGACAUGCAUCUCACUCAGGCAGAGCUUAGCAAGCAUGAUCUGUUUUACAAAACCUUUGACUGCUUCGGGCAGAUGACUGAAACGAGAAGGACUCUUACAGGGGAGACACGAGCUAGCAGAGUGUAUCAUCAACUCUCCGACACCUCGCUUGAUUUACGGGACAUCAAUAAUCUGCCACUGGAGCCCUCAAAUGGCUCACCAAAGAGCUUACUCUCAUCCAAUUGCUCACAGAAGUCAAAUUCGUUAAAACAUAGCCAGCCUAAUGAUCAUUCCCAACACCGAUCCAAGCGGAGGAAACUGUCACUACCCACCUCUCAACUUCAGCCACCUUCCAACGAUUUCUCGGCUCUAGAGAUGCUUCCAAUACUAAGAGAUUCAACCGACUGUCCCAUAAUGGACCAUAUGAUUAUGACCGGAGAUAUGCUUCUUCCUGAUAUUUCUCCGGGGCAAGACAACUUGGAAGAUUUAUCGACAUCUUUCUUCGGCGAUGCAAUGUUGAUGGGUUCAAUCGAUCAAUUUUUCUCUCAAUCUGAAGCCUAA